CCCCUAACACCAAACUUUAGUCAACCCACAGUUUGUGACAGCAGUUUCCCAGCAGCAGAAAUGACUGGAAGCCGGACCUGCUGCUGCUCCAUGAUCCCAUUAGAUUUACAAAUAUUUUUAAAUGAAAGGGCCCCCCGAAAUGGUUAAAUCAAUGAGAGAAUGUGUAGAAAAUAGGUUUGUCGACAUGUGGGUGUGUGUGGUUCUAGAAUGGACAGAUCCCUCAGCCCCUCAGGGAUGAGCACUUUGAAGAUCAGAGGGAGGGGAGGUGUGUGGGUUCAUGCGCACUGGCACGGUGCGCUCUCAAGCCGCGCGGACAUAACGUUUGGAAAUAAAGCGGAGAGGUGGAAAAAAGUGCUCGCACGUCCCCUUUCCAGCUGUAUUCCCCUAGAAACACUAGAGUGUGUGUGUAUAUUUAUGUGUGUGUGUGGCGUUCCUCACGCUGGUGAAGGCAUCAUUUCCUCCUGGGGGGACGGAGGCGCGCGGUCUGUGGUGAGGAGAGGAGCGCAGGGACCUGUUGAUCAUCUAAUGGCGCAGCGGUGGAGCAAACCAACCGGCUUGUGUUGCAUCUAACUUGAAAUCUGGACCAGUUGGAGGAAUGGAGGUGAUGGAUACUCAGUGUGCCUUGGAAGCCGUGGAGCGGCUGCAAGCCAAGCUGAAGGAGAGAGGGGAGACCCCCACCCAGGAUAAACUGUCCCUGCUGAAGACUGUCCUGCAGAGCCCCUUGUUCCUCCACAUCCUCAGCUUGCAGGAAUCUCAGCGGAACCCCCCGGCGAAGCAGGGAAAGAACAUCUCCAAGUCCGUAUCCAUGAACUGCGGCCAAUGCCCAGGCUUAUCUCUUGGCUCAAAGGCACUAAGCCACAGUGACUCGUACACAUGGGCCGUGGAGAACCGAAGGUCCAGCAACACCAGAUCCCUGCAGAGACAAGGCAGCCUUUCCUCUUUAGGCUCACAUGAGCUCCCCUUUUCAGACCUUUUUCCAGACAACCACACAUAUGCAGAAUCUCAGUACUGCACUCCUCCCCGAAUUUCCCGCACCAUGUCAUUGGGGAGAAACCUUUCUGCUAUUGCACAUGAGAGGCGGCAUGUGGAGAUCAUAGAGCUGACUAAUGAUGGGAAAGGACUCGGCUUUGGCAUAAUAGGGGGACGCGCCUCAGGGAUCAUGGUCAAAACCAUUCUUCCUGGAGGAGCAGCUGGAAGGGAUACUCGCCUGCGAAGCGGAGAUCAGAUCCUGCGCAUUGGUGACACGGAUUUAGCGGGCAUGAACAGCGAGCAAGCAGCACAGGUUCUGCGAAAUGCUGGAAGCAAGGUGAAACUGCUCAUUGCUAGGAAUGUUACCAAGGAUAAUCACCUUUCAUCUCCCGUCCUCAGCCAGGACAGCUCUGAUGACAAGAUCAUUGACUUGAACGAUGACUAUGAGUUCAGUCUGCAGUUCACUAAAAACAGCCGAGGCUUGGGAUUCACCGUUUCCAGCUAUGUAGGAGACUUAAAUUCAGUCUAUAGUGCUGGUGUGAUGGUGAAGAGCAUAGCGAAAGGCAGCACAGUUGAUCAGGAUGGACGGAUGCACAUCGGCGACAUCAUCCUGUCUGUAGACGGCGUGAGCUUACAGGGCUGCAGUGAACAGCGGGCCAUGGAGGUGCUCCGGAGGACGGGACCUCUGGUCCGGCUCAGGUUGCUGAGGAAAGCCGAGCGUCUGAGUCCCAGCUUUCUCCAGGAUCCUCCUCUGCAGCAGCAGCCCCUCCGUCACUCCCACAGCUUCCACGAAGGCAGCGCCUUCAAGGCCGGCCUCGGCAAGAUUCAGGAGACAGGGAUCUGCUCUCUGCGUGAAAUCUCCCGGCAAGCGGCGUACGCCAGCCGACGACCUCCACCCGAUUUCAAAGACGGUGUAAAACUGAGCCCUGAGGACGAGGAAAACCUACGGAAGAGGUGGCAGCAUGCAGUCGGACCACGAUACGAAGUGACUGUUUGCCAGCUUCAGCGUUUCAGUGAAACCAGCGGUCUGGGCAUCAGUCUGGAAGCUCGGGCGGGACAUCACUAUCUAUGUUCCAUCUUACCCGAAGGACCCGUUGGUCAAAGUGGCAAGAUCCUCAUCGGGGAUCGGAUACUGGAGGUGAAUGGGAUCCCUCUGGUUGGGGAGACCCAUAAAGAGGUGGUCAACAUUUUGAAGGAAUUGCCGAGGUCUGUGCACCUCGUGUGCUCCCGCGUUGUUCCCCCAUCGAUUCCGGAGAGCGAGGAAGACGACGACAAUGAUGUUCAACUCAGUCUCAAGGAGCUGCUGGCCGAGUUCAAUGACAAGUUGGACCAGGGCUGUGUUAUCCCUUGUCCGACCGCAGAGGACAUUACUAAGCGGGGCGUGCCCCCGAUGUCGCCACCUCUUGCCAUGUGGGAAAAAGACGCCCAAGUUGUGGAACUGGAAAAAGGAGAGUUGGGCCUGGGCUUCAGCAUCCUGGACUACCAGGAUCCAGAAGAUGCAACCAAAACCGUCCUGAUCAUUCGGUCUUUGGUGCCUGGAGGCGUCGCAGAUCGAGACGGUCGUCUUCUUCCUGGUGACCGACUGAUGUUCGUCAAUGAGACUGACCUUGAAGGCUCCAGCCUGGAUUAUGCCGUGCACGUCCUGAAGUCUACAGACUACGGUCCAGUCCGCAUCGGUGUUGCCAAACCCCUGCCGCUGGAACUGUGCGGCGGCUUGACCCCCAUUUCAGAGAGAAGCGCGCGGGCUUCGUGUGAUGACACCGACAGCCACACUCAGGUCAGCCUGCUAGCUGAAGCAGCUGAGGAUAACAUCAACACCACAUCUUGGAACCCAGAAGACACCGGCUUUAACCAGCUGUGUUCCACGGAAAGCCGACUUCAUCAUCGCUUUGGCGUCAUGGAAGAGGACAACAACCAGCAAGCCCCACCUCUCCCCUCCCACACAAGCUAUGAGAGGACAAUCACUGUUGUCCGGGGCAACCGUAGCCUUGGCAUGUCGGUGAGUGCUAUCAAGGACGGCUCAGGCAUGCUGGUGCGCAGUGUGGUCCAGGGGGGCUCGGUUUGCCAUGAUGGUAGGCUGGGGGUGGGGGACGUCAUCUUGGCCAUCAACAGAGAACCGACGUCCAACCUGACCAGCGCCCAGGCCAGGGCCAUGCUUCGCAGACACUCUGUCAUGGGGCCCGAGAUGAGCAUAACGUACGUCCCAGCCCGUCAGGUGGAUGAACACCGAGCCCGCCUGUGUCUGCCCCCGCUGGCAUCCGUCCCGACAGACAGCGCCUCGUCCUCUCCCACUCUGCCGUCCGCCCCUCCCCAGCCUGCAGCUGCUUCAGUCAGGUCCUCCACCUCCCCAUCGUCUCUGUCGCUCAGGCCGUCCGCCUCAAUGAAGCUCAAAACCGUGACUCCAGAUUCAGCAGCCGGCGUUAGGAGCUCCGCCUCCUUCAGGGGGCCCAUCAAAGACCCCGCCGUUGUCCCCAAAAUCACUCCGGCCUCAGACUCAAGUUGGCAGAUUCCCAGGUCCCAGCUCCUUCCGAAAAAAGAAGAGGAUGGAGAAACUCUGCGGGAGAAAGAGGAUGAGAUGAAAGCCGGACGAGUGCAGAUAAGGAGGGAUGGUAAAGAGAAGCCUGGAGAAAAACUCAGCACUCAUGAUUCAGCGUCCUGGGAUCAACCUCGAAGCGUAAGGCUGACUCGAGCGGCGGGCCAGUCCCUGGGCAUCAGCAUAAUGGGAGGCAGAGGCAUGGGCCGCAGACUGAGCAGCGGCGAGAUGAUGAGGGGUGUCUUCAUCAAGCACAUCAGCCCUGACAGCCCAGCAGCACAUAAUGGCACCCUGAGGGCUGGAGACAGGAUACUGGAGGUUAGUGGAGUGGACCUAAGAGAUGCCAGCCACGAGGAGGCGGUGGAGGCCAUCCGCAGGGCAGGAGACUCAGUGGUUCUCCUGGUCCGGUCCGGACAGGAUAGGUGUCAGUCUCCUGCUCCCACAUGUCGAACUCCGACCCCUCAGUCAAACUCACACAGCAGUAAGGAAGAAGAAGCACUCAGCAGUUUGUUCCUCAGUGUUUCCCAUAGAAACCCCUUCACUCCCACUCCCUUUAAGGCGCCCUCGCCGACAUCCGACAGAAUGGAUGGGAGGAUUCCCGUAAAUGCCACAGCGGCGGCGGCAGCUGAAGACGGGGACGACGCCUGCAGGAAAAAGAUGCUCCAGCGCUACGGCAGUCUGUCCGGAAAGCUCCACAUGAUCGAACUGGAGAAGGACCCCGCGGUUCCCGGUCUGGGAAUCACUUUGGCGGGGAGCAAAGACGGCUCCAGGGCCCGCUUAAGCGUGUGCGUGGCCAGCGUUGACCCCCAGGGGCCCACCGGUCUGGACGGGAGGAUACAGGUUGGGGAUGAGCUCCUGGAGAUCAACGGUAAGAUUUUGUACGGCCGGAGUUACCAAAACGCCUCCACCAUCAUCAGUAACGCUCCUUCUAAAGUCAAGAUCGUUCUCAUCAGAAAUAAAGCAGGUAAAGCUGUAAAAGAGAACAGAACCGAGGGGGAAGUCGUAAUCGACUGGCACCCAGACGCGGCCGAUGAGGAAGAAUCGUGCAGUGACCUCAAACGCAUCGUCCUCACUCAGGACCAUGCUGGUUUAGGUAUUCGCCUUGUGGAGGACCCAUCCUGGGAAGGAGUGGUCGUCGGAUCCCUGAUCCAGGACGGAUCUGCUAGUAAGGACGGAAGGAUAAAAGUUGGAGACCGAAUCCUAGAAGUGGGAGGUGAACCCGUGGCUGGACUAUCGGUGGAAAAGGUGUCCAGUCUGAUCUCCAAACAGCAGGUCGCUGUAAAGCUCUCCAUCAUUCGUUCCAAGAGCCCCCUUUCAUCUCCCCUUUUUCCUCCCCCUUCACCCCUCCCCCAUCCCUCCUGCAUCCCCCUGCCCUCCCCCCCAUCUCCGUUAACUCUAAGCACUCCACCAACGCCUCCAUCAGAGCACUCGAAUUUGCUCACCUGCUCAUCGCCCUCCAGUUGUGAUCCUGUGAGCUGCCCGGUGGUCGCUGGAAGGGAGACGACCAUAGAGAUCCAUAAAGGAAAUGUAGGCCUGGGGCUGAGCAUCGUAGGAGGAUGCGACACUCUGCUGGGGGCAGUAAUCAUCCAUGAAGUGAAUGAUGGAGGCGCAGCACAGAGAGAUGGAAGACUGCAGGCUGGAGACCAGAUUUUAGAAGUAAAUAGCAUCGACCUGCGGCAGGCCACGCACGACGAAGCCAUCGCAGUGCUGCGGCUCACCACCCAGCAAGUCCGGCUGUGCAUCUUCAGGCACCAGGAGGCCUACAGGGAGGAAGACCUGUGGGACGUCUUCAGCCUGAAGCUCAGUCCCCGUCCCGGAGAGGGGCUGGGGUUCACCACCGUGGGGAAGAGCAACGACACGGGCAUCUUUGUGUCAGACGUCAUCAGAGGAGGUGCGGCGGAUUCGGACGGCAGGUUGUUGCCCGGGGACCAGAUUCUGUCAAUCAAUGGGGUGGAUGUCCGUGCUGCGUCGCAGGAUCACGCACAAAAGCUUCUCCAGAGCUCCAGCGGCGCCGUCCUCCUGGAAGUGGCUCGUUUCAAAGCCAGGGUGCAGUACUCACGCCAGAGUCAGGAUUACGCUAAAUUCUGCUUCAUCCAGCAUGAAGACUCGGAUUGCUCCACCCUGACACCCACAAGCGGAAGCGAUACGUCCUCCAGAGGAGCAAACAGCAAAGCCAAGUGCAGCUCAUCUCAAGACCGUGAGGUCAGGAAAGUAACCGUGCAAAAGGGUCCCCGUGACUCGCUGGGCAUCAGUAUAGCCGGAGGAGUGGGCAGUCCCCAUGGCAACGUACCUCUUUUCAUUGCUACCAUGGAUACUAAUGGACUGGCUGCCAAAACAGAGAAACUACAGACAGGAGACCAGAUCCUCUGCAUCAACGACGUGUCCACCGAGGGAAUGACUCACGACGAAGCCGGGGCGCUGCUGAAGAACGCCGCCGGAAGCGUCACCCUGCAGGUGACAGCAGACUCUGGUGGCGGCAGCAGACAGGACCAUAGCGCGGUGCACGCCGCAUCAUCAAGUCAACCUGGCAGCCUGACUUGGUUUCACAACAACCUCUGUCCUCGCAAGUAUAAGACCAUCACUCUGGAGAGAGGCUCAUCAGGCCUGGGGUUUAGCAUUGUCGGAGGCUUCGGCAGUCCUCAUGGAGACCUGCCCAUCUAUGUCAAAACUAUCUUCAACAAGGGGGCGGCUGUGGAGGACGGCCGGCUCAAACGCGGCGAUCAGAUCAUCGCCGUGAACGGACACUGCCUGGAGGGAGUCACUCACGCUGAGGCGGUGGACAUCCUGAAGAGGACCAAGGGAACCGUCGUCCUCACUUUACUCUCCUGAAAGGCGAGCUGCUUUCAGGGUCUAACGGACAGAAAAGAGGACUGUCUGAAUUCAAAACGUCAGAGGGAAACUACCUCCAGCUGCACGGGUAGAGUCAACAUAUUACACCAAAGUCAGGUUGGAUUUUCCUUACCCAAGUCAGGAUGUUAUCUUCUUAUACGAAUACUUACAGAAUGUGUGCAUCCACAUUCAAUCUGCAAUCUCUAUUUGCUCUGACCAUACAAGUAUUUAAGAUAAUAAAUGAAAUGUGCAGUUCCGGAUCUGUCCACUCUCUUCCUGUUUUUGACCCGGACAUGCCAAGUGCUUCUGCCAAUCUUUUAUAUGGCAAUAAGGUUUCAGGAUUUUGUUUUUCUUUACAUUCCAAAUGGUAAAGAUGUGUUUGUGUUUAUGAAUGACACCGGUCUCAUGUGUUUUGAUGAUAAUUGUGAAUGAUUACUACCUUAUGUUGAGCAGAUGGAGUCUGACACACAUUUCUUGAAUUCUGUUGAAGGCUUUUACCCAGUACAUCUUGCAUUUUUAUAGAUAUGCUUGUCUUUUUUUGGCACUUCAAGUUAAUAUUGUUAAAUUAUCUUUGAAGCUUUCUAAUACCCUUUUUGUAUUAUCUUCAUUACAAUUUCUUGCUGUAAUUUAUCUAAUUUAAACACUUGUAACAUCAAUAAUAAAAUAAAUGUUCAUUUGUUUA